AUGCAAAGUCUUUGGAGCAAACAUCUAGACUGGGACGACAACUUACCAUCAGAUGACGUCAUACUUUGGGAUACAAUAAGACAGGAGUUGGCCAAAAUUCCAAACGUUGCCAUACCAAGGUGCAUCGCUCAGGUUGGUUGUGAAAAAUCGUCAUACAAGCUAUUUUGUUUCUGCGACGCAUCAGCAAAGGCAUAUGCAGUUGCUAUAUACCUGCAUCAAACAGGUGUCAAUGAGUCAAGGUGUGACCUUAUCUUCGCAAAGUCUCGACUUGCACCGACAAAACAGAUGUCGAUUCCCAGAUUGGAGCUCAUGGCGGUUGUAAUUGGGGUCAGAUGUAUCAAGUUUGUGAAGGACAAUUUGAAUUUGCCAGUUGAUCAUAUUCAUCUUUGGACUGACUCCCAGUGCGUUCUUCACUGGAUCACUUCAGAAAACGUGUCUUCUGUGUUCGUAGCAAACCGAGUGAAAGAAAUCAAACGGCAGUCGUCAAUCAGCUUUCAUCACAUACCUUCAUCUGAAAACCCUGCUGAUAUCGCCACAAGAGGCGCAUCUGUACAUCAGUUGAAGGAGCUGACACUGUGGUGGCAUGGACCAGAGUGGCUGACACAACAAGGUUAUAACUGGCAGAUAGAGCCGAGCUCUGAGAAAGACCUCGACGAAGACUUGAUCAGAAAGUCUGAAGAAGACAAAAAGUUGCAUAAAAAACAAUCAGCUGAACAUGUUCUUGAAGGAGCAGAAAAUUCAGAUAAGAAGCUCAAAGGAGCAUCUCCUGACGGAGCAUAUACACAAACGGAGUUACCCCCCUUUGAAAUCGAAAGUGAAAAGUACUCGUCAGCUACAAAGUUAGUUCGAGUUACUGCUUUUGCACUUCGAUUUAUCAGCAAACUUCGAAACAAGUCAACUGAACGUGGGGUGUUAACAAAACAGGAACUGGACCGCGCCGAACACCUGUGGAUUACAUAUGUUCAGCAAAAGUGCUUCAGAGACACUUUUGUAGCAAUCUCUGAACAGAAACCAAACAACUUGCAGAGACAAUUGGGUCUAUAUGUAGAUCCAAAUGGAUUACUCAGGUGUAGGGGACGGUUAGAAAAUGCCAAUCUAAUUGAAGCUGCCAGGUACCCUAUUCUUUUGCCAAAGGGUGAACGACUCACACACAUGAUGAUAGACAAAAUGCACAAAGAAACUUUGCAUAGUGGAGUAUCACAAACCUUAAGCAGGGUUCGCUUUAGAUUUUGGAUACCUAGCGGACGCACUACCAUAAAGGGCGUUAUACGACGGUGUCUUGUGUGCAGGCGCAACGAGGGCGGAGCUUACAAAAUGCCACCGAUGGCUCCGCUGCCAAUGUCACGAGUGACCGAGUCAUCUCCUUUUUCAAAGGUUGGCUUAGACUAUCUGGGUCCGCUAUAUAUAAAAGGAGCAGACGGAACAAGCAAAGUCUGGAUAUGUUUGUUCACAUGUCUUGUUACUCGAGCGAUUCACUUAGAACUUGUGCAGAACAUGUCCACAGAACAAUUUUUGAUGUGUCUGCGUCGAUUUAUUGCCUCUAGGGGAAAACCGGAAGUAGUUUUUAGUGACAAUGCACUCCAGUUUAAGCUGGCCAGUGAGACCGUGGACAUCAUAUGGAAAAAUAUCAUGAAAACUGAAGACGUACAAGACUAUGCCUCACAAAACGGUAUACAUUGGAUAUUUAACAUAGAGCUAGCACCAUGGAUGGGUGGCUUUUAUGAAAGGCUUGUGGGCCUUGUCAAACGGUCACUGAGAAAAACCAUCGGCCGAAAUCUUCUCACAGAAAUGCAAAUGCAAACAUUGAUCAAAGAAAUCGAGUCAGUUAUAAACACAAGGCCACUCACGUACGUUGGCGACGACGUCAAUUCAAUGAUUACGUUAACGCCAUCGAGUUUUUUGACGUUGAAUCCAAAAAUUGGAAUACCAAGUGUAGAUAUUGACAGUGACACGGAUUAUACACCGUAUGAAAGCUCUGCGCAAAAGCUCCUCCAAAUAUGGAAAAAAGGGCAAAAGCUCCUUAAUUCAUUUUGGAAGAUGUGGAGAGAAGAAUAUCUGCUUAGCCUCCGGGAACGAACUCAAACAAAGCUCAAAUCUCAUAGAAUACAGUCACACUUCUUACCAAGGGUAGGUGACGUAGUUCUUAUAAAGGACGAUGUUCCCCGAGGAUGUUGGAAAUUUGGAAAGAUUAAGGAUCUUAUCAAGAGCUGUGAUGGUCAAACCAGGUCUGCUAAAGUACAGACUCACACAGGGCGUGUCAUAGGUCGACCCCUUAACUUACUAUACCCAAUAGAAGUAUCGGGGAACGUCGAUGCUAGACACGACUCAUACACGCCAGAGUCAUCGGACCGGUGUUCGAGACCCAAACGACCAGCCGCCGAACAAGCGAAAGUAAAACUGAGUGAAUACUUCAAUAAAGACAAUUAA